AUGGCAAAGACUUUGCCAUUUUACGUUGUUAUAUUAGCUGCAGUCAGUCAUAGUUGCUAUGGAACUAUAUUGGCACCUGAAGAUUACGAAUGGAGACCCAUCUUCGUAGACAGCGAAGUCGUGAUUGGUGGUCCGUUUGGCGAAAAUUUCAUUUGGCAAUUCGAAACUCAAGAGGACCGUAUACUUGCAUUCAGCAUCCUUGAUGGAAACAUCAAAGACGCGCAAGAGUUUUUGUCCAUUCGUGAUGGAGCUGACAUCUAUUCGCCAAAAGUUCAGCUCGAAAAUGAUGACAUAAUACAGUUGUCAAGAAAAGGUUUACCGGAGACAUUGUACAGCACUACAUCUAAGGCGACAGUGCAAUUUUCGAAGACACCAAUCUCACAUUUGAAGCUCAGAAUUCAGAAGGCUGCCAAUUGUUCGUAUAAUAUCAAACCAGAAACCCAAUGUGGCCGAAUGGUUGACGAGGUUUCGUGCUACUGUGCUCUUUUCGACAAUAAAAACCAACCAGAUCAAACCAUGUCUUGUCUUGAUAGCGGGAUGAAACUUGUUUCCUUUGAAAGCAAAGAAGAAGAAGAGCUCAUUCAAAGAACUUGGAGUACCCAAAUUCCAUUUUGGACUUCAUUGACUGACACUCGCCGUGACGGUUCUUGGUUAUGGGAAAGCACAAUGACUCUGUUGAGCAAUGGAAACUACACUAACUGGUUCCCCGGAAGACCUCUUACUCAGGAGAGCGAUCAGUUUAAUUGCAUGUUGUACGGUGGAAGUACAUACUUAACAUUUUGGGGCGACGUUAAUUGUUCAUCGCUAGCUAAUGCCAUUUGUGAAGCUCAGCCAUAGUUCCUAUAUUCUAUACCUGAUUGCUAAACAUAUGCAUUCAGUUUUGCAUAGCAGAUAUUAGGUUUGGGAAUGCAAAGUGACUUAAGAAAUAUGGGACAAUCAUUUCCGCUCUAUACACCUUUUUUUUCGGUAGGAGGUGUUGGCAAAAGUGACUCUAGUGUAGAACAUCACAAGCUAAUACACUCUGUUGUUAUGUUCCUGCAUAACACUCACUGGCUACAUACUGUGUUCUUUUA